AGUUAUGUUCAGUCUUCGAAAUGAAUUGGCAACAUUACUAAAUAUUAUCCAGAAACUCAAAAUCACAAAGGCCCAAAAACAUAAAGUAAAUGACCUUGUUGGUGGUUAUAUGUUGCGGUUGCCACCUUUAUGA